CAUCCCGUUUUGUCUCUCUCACAAACUCUCGCUCUUACUCUUUCGGUGACUGCGAUCUCUAUCCGUAGACACCAUGGCGAGGGAGCAGCUACAGGUCCUAAACGCUUUGGACGCGGCAAAGACGCAGUGGUACCACUUCACGGCCAUCGUGGUCGCAGGCAUGGGCUUCUUCACCGACGCUUACGACCUCUUCUGCAUCUCCCUCGUCACCAAGCUCCUCGGUCGCAUCUACUACCACGUCGAAGGCUCCCCGACCCCGGGCUCACUCCCCCCCAAUGUCUCUGCCGCCGUCAACGGCGUCGCCUUCUGCGGCACCCUCUCCGGCCAGCUCUUCUUCGGGUGGCUCGGAGACAAGAUGGGACGCAAGCGCGUCUACGGCAUGACCCUCUUGCUCAUGGUCGUCGCCUCCAUCGCCUCCGGCCUCUCCUUGGGCCACACCCCGAAGUCCGUCAUGGCCACCCUCUGCUUCUUCCGCUUCUGGCUCGGCUUCGGCAUCGGCGGCGACUACCCACUCUCCGCCACCAUCAUGUCCGAGUACGCCAACAAGAAGACCCGCGGGGCCUUCAUCGCCGCCGUCUUCGCCAUGCAGGGCAUCGGCAUCCUCGCCGGUGGCACGGUCGCCAUCAUCGUCUCCGCCGCCUUCAAGCACGGCUUCCCUGCCCCCUCCUACGCCGUCGACGCCAUAGCCUCCACCGUCCCCCAGGCCGAUUUCGUCUGGCGCAUAGUUCUCAUGUUCGGCGCCAUCCCGGCAGCGCUCACCUACUAUUGGCGGAUGAAGAUGCCGGAGACCGCCCGCUACACCGCCCUCGUCGCUAGGAACGCCAAGCAGGCGGCCGCCGACAUGUCCAAGGUUCUUCAAGUCCAGCUUGAAGAGGAGCAGACCAAGGUCGAUCGGAUGACCGGCGAACGAGCCAACAGCUUCGGCCUCUUCUCCAGAGAAUUCAUGGCUCGCCAUGGCCUCCACCUUCUCGGCACCGCCACCACCUGGUUCCUCCUCGACAUCGCCUUCUACAGCCAGAAUCUCUUCCAAAAAGACAUCUUUAGCGCCAUCGGAUGGAUCCCCAAGGCCGCCACCAUGAACGCUCUCGAAGAGAUGUUUAAGAUCGCCAGGGCCCAGACUCUGAUCGCCCUCUGCGGCACCGUCCCAGGCUACUGGUUCACUGUCGCCCUCAUCGACAUCAUUGGCCGGUUCAGGAUCCAGGCGAUCGGCUUCUUCAUGAUGACGGUGUUCAUGCUGGGCCUCGCCAUCCCCUACCACCACUGGACCACGCCGGGCAAUCAUAUCGGCUUCGUUGUCAUGUACGCGUUCACCUUCUUCUUCGCCAACUUCGGGCCCAACAGCACCACCUUCGUCGUGCCAGCGGAGAUUUUCCCGGCCAGGCUGAGGUCGACGUGCCAUGGGAUCUCGGCGGCGUCCGGGAAGCUUGGGGCGAUCGUGGGCUCGUUCGGGUUUCUAUACUUGGCCCAGAACCCCGACCCGGCCAAAACCGACCAUGGGUACCCUACCGGCAUUGGUGUGAGGAACUCCCUCUUCGUGCUUGCCUGCUGCAACCUCCUGGGGCUUUUCUUUACCUUCCUGGUGCCCGAGUCAAAGGGAAAGUCUCUAGAGGAGAUUUCUGGCGAGAACGAAGACAUUGCCCCAGCGGCAGAAUCCAGCAUGGGUGGGGGGUUACCGUAGGACUGUCCCUGAGGUCUAGUUGGCUACCGUGUUUAUUCUGAUUCUUCUUCUGCUUAAUUCUUGCCGAUGAGCAUUUUAGCUAUUGCAUCAGGAUGCUUGCAGCUGACUUGUAUUCUGGGUAUAUGCCAUUGAAAAAUUUGUUGCUGUGCUCUUCUUCGUCAUUCUGGUUAAUUUGUAGAACCAAUAACAAAUGUCGAAGAGCUAGCGUUAUCCAGGUGUUUCCUGGGAUGUCACAGGCCACUUGCAAUCCCUUUUGCUCCUCCGGCCAAAGACCUGGCAUAGUGGUCAAGUUUUCUUUUUGGUCUUAGUCCUAUUCAAGGUUGAUUUGUUAAAUAAACUGCGGUGCAUGAAGAAUUCUUUUGCUGCUGCUGUCAUCUGAUCAAUCAUCUGUUUUGCUGUAUUAAGGUCCCGCUUCCGCCCCUGCUAUCGAGAACUCGUGUGAAACAUUCUUGUUGUCCCGUCUUUGUGCAAGUUCUGAGGGCCUUUGGGAGGGUUGCAAAAUAGUAGUCAAUUGAUGGUUGAUGAAGUACUUGUGCAUUGUA